AUGUCUCACACUGGAGCUCAAGGAAGCAUUGGUAGCCACACUGCCUGUCUGCAGAAUUACAAGCUGAUAUGCUACGAAUAUGAAAAAUUCCAAGGCCACAAGGAGAAUUUAGCAGCGAGUGCAGAAAACUUGUGUGACCGAGGUUUCGACAAUGUUGAAGUCCAUUCGAAUUGAUGUGGACCCUGGGUCGCUUAUGAACAGAAAGAUUUCACUGGAGAGAUGUUCAUUCUGGAGAAAGGGGAAUUCCCUCGCUGGGACUCCUGGUCUAACUGCUUCCGUGCAGAUAGGAUCAUGUCCUUUAGACCAGUCCGUAUGGACACUCAGGACUAUAAGAUCUCUCUCUAUGAAUGUGUCAAUUUUGAGGGCAGGAAGAUGGAGGUCUGUGAUGAAGAUAUCCCCAGCUUGUGGUCCUAUGGAUUCCAGGAUAGAGUUGCUAGCAUCCAGGUCCUUGGAGGAACAUGGGUCGGAUACCAGUACCCUGGUUACAGAGGUUAUCAGUACUUAAUGGAAUAUGGACCAUACAAACACUGGAACAAUUGGGGAGCCAACCAGCCCCAGAUUCAGUCUAUCCGCCGAGUAAAGGACAUGCAGUGGUACAAGAGAGGAAAUUUUGAAGUUGGAAACUAA